AAGGUCAUAUCCCAAUUCAUGGUAGGACUUAGCAGUACAUUAUUCCUAUCUCAUAUUUCAGUCAGAGGUAAUAUCGGUGCUGCCUGUCGAAGAUUAUUCACUGCGAAAAUGGCUGGAAAAUAUAAAAUUGUUAUGGUCAGACAUGGAGAGUCGGAGUGGAAUUUGAAGAAUCAAUUUUGUGGAUGGUUUGAUUCAGAUUUGAGUGAAAAUGGUAAAAAGGAAGCAGAAGCUGCUGGGGAAGCUGUAAAAGCCGCGGGACUAAAGUUUGAUGUUGCUCAUACAUCGGUUCUCAAGCGAGCCCAAAUAACCCUCAAUACCAUUCUCACUAAAAGUGGUCAAAGUGAUAUUCCCGUGUUUAAGACUUGGCGUCUUAACGAACGCCAUUAUGGCGGUUUGACUGGUCUAAAUAAGGCGGAAACUGCAGCAAAAUAUGGAGAAGAGCAAGUAAAAAUCUGGCGUCGUAGCUUUGACACUCCCCCACCACCAAUGGAACCUGGACACCCAUACUACGAUGCCAUUGUCAAUGAUCCUCGCUAUGCUAACGAACCUAAAAAAGAUGAGUUCCCUAUGUUUGAGUCAUUGAAACUUACCAUUGAACGUACAUUACCCUAUUGGAAUGAUGUCAUUAUUCCUCAGCUCAAGGAGGGCAAAACUGUAAUGAUUGCUGCCCAUGGUAACAGUUUGCGUGGUAUAGUCAAACACUUGGACAAUAUGUCCGAAGAUGCUAUUAUGGGAUUAAAUUUGCCUACCGGCAUUCCAUUUGUUUACGAACUGGAUGAGAACUUUAAACCCGUAGUAUCCAUGAAAUUCCUGGGAGAUGAAGAGACAGUAAAGAAGGCUAUCGAGGCAGUUGCAGCACAGGGUAAAGCUAAGUAAACUCGGCAUUUAGUUGUAACUAACUGAAUAUAUGCUCAGUGUUUGUGGAAUGUAAGCACUGAGCAUUGCAUAUUCUAUUAAUUGGAAUUCAUAAGAAAAUUCGAUGAAAACUCGAACUCUAUUGUACCUCUGGUAUAGGUAAAUUCAAAUAUAUAUGUAUACAGUGUUCAACAUGUAGAUUGUAUUUAAAUUAUUAAAAAAAAUUAAAUAAAAUA